UGAAAUGGGCUCCACUAAAAACACACAGCCACUGCAACUGCGGAGGGAAAGUCUGCGGCUGCGCCACAUUCCCAGCUGUGUGCAGAAACUUUUUGAACAUUUUCUACGCGUGUAACGGUGCAAGAAUAUGACCGAGCGUCUCCAAAUAACGCGCCUCUGUGCCGCACCCUGUCCUGCACCCUUGGCUUUUGGCUGUAACUCAAAGCUGUGGAGUUGACAGAAGGUAAUCCCCACCAUGUGAGGCCUCGGCCCCAGUUUGGAGGCGGGGUGUGAUUCAUUCAAAUCUGCCGGUGCUAUAAAAAGAGGGGAAGUUGCAAGUAACCCAACUUCAACCCACAGGACCGUGGCACCGAGCAGAGACCACAGUGGCAGUCCCUCCAGGUGAUGAUGAAUACCCUCAAAGCCAUUAAGAACGCCCUGGUCUGCCUGGUCCUGCUGCCACGCUUCCUCAUGGCAGCUGUCAUGUUCUGGCUGCUGGACUUCCUAUGCAUAAGGAAGCGGGUGUUUUUCAGGAUGAAGGAGCAGGAGGGCGAUGUCAUCGAUCCGCCUCUGUGCGUGUCAGACUCCAAUCGCCUCUUCAGCCUGGAGUCCCUUAAGGCUGUGUGGCACGGCCACAAACUGGACUUCCUGAAGGCUGCGCAUCUCGGACACGGCGCCCCCAACACCGAAGUGAUCCAGCUGGAGGAUCAGAAGCGCAGCCGCAUCCUCGAUUACGCAAACGCCAAGAGACCGCUCAUCCUCAACUUUGGCAGCUGCACCUGACCGCCGUUCAUGGCGCGGCUCAAGGCUUUCCAGGGAGUCGUGCAGCAGAACGCGGACAUCGCGGACUCUGUGGUGGUGUACAUCGAGGAAGCGCACCCCUCCGACGGCUGGAUGAGCACAGACGCGCCGUACCAGAUCCCCAAACACCAGUGUCUGGAGGACCGGCUGCACGCGGCGCAGCUCAUGCACCUGGAGGUGCCCGGCUGUCUGGUGGUGGUGGACAGCAUGGAGAACUCCUCCAACGCCGCCUACGGAGCUUAUUUCGACAGACUUUAUAUCCUACAGGAGGGGAAGAUAGUGUACCAGGGGGGCAGAGGACCUGAGGGGUACCGGAUCUCAGAGCUUAGAGACUGGCUGGAUCAGUACAGAAAACUGAGGGAUCAACCGAAUAACCGAGUUAUUAGUGUGUAGAUGAAUUCUACUUUUAGAGCUGCUAUGAUGAAACAAAUGCUGCAGAUUUUUCCAGUAUUAUAACCCUUAUUAGACACUUUAUCUCCGUCUAUAAUGUUUAAUUGUAUUUAUUUUUGUAAUUUGUCUGGAUGUUAGACUCCUGCCUGUCAUUUCUGGACAUCAAACAUCCUGUUAGGAUCAUCCUCAGAGGUUAGUUUGUUUUUUUUUCAUGUGCGUCAAAAGUUUUGUUUUGUUUUUUCCUCGCGCCUGUGAAGAAUCAUCCAGGAUGGAGACGUGCGCAUCUCUGCUCCUCGGUGUUGUUGUGAAGUUCGGUUUUUAAAUGGCUCAGCCCACAGAACCGACACUGAUGUUUGUAACACCGGGGAGCUCAG